CCCCUUUGGAGAAGAAGUCGUUACUUCCGCGUUCCUCAAACACGCGUGUUGCAGUGUAAAGACAGUUGUUGACUGGUGUUUUAAUUUACAAUUAUGGGUAAACUCAAGAAAAAUAGUAAACGUAACACGUUCGAUUACAAUAAAAACAAGAAGAACCUGAAAAGGAAGCUAAGAAGAAAGGAUAAACCGCUAAUUGAAUGUCCUCAGAUACGCAAAGCUUGGGAUGAACACAAAACAGUGAAGCAAAAUCUUCAAGACAUGGGGCUGUCAGCUGGGACCAAGGGCAUGCUUCCUAUUAAACCUAAAAAGGACACGAAAAGUGACCCAACGGAGGCAGUUGUGUUGAAACCCUAUGUCAUAAAAGAAAUGGAGGCUGAGGCCAGUCUCCGUGGGAAAGACAGAACCACGUGCUCCACCGACAUGAUUGAAUAUGUUCAACACAUGGUGAAGGAACACAAUGAGGAUUACAAGGCGAUGGCACGGGACGAGAAGAAUUACUACCAGGACACGCCGAAGCAGAUCAAGCGGAAAGUGGAAUUAUUCAAACGGUGUCAUCCUGACGAGUAUGCCGCGUUCAUUGCGUCUCUGCAAUCUCAGAAGUCUACGUGAUGUCAGUGUGGAGACACUGUCCGGCAAAGUUUAUAUCCAACCUGCUUGUGAUUUUUAUUAUUUUUUUAAAGGGAUAGUUCACUUUGAAAUUAAUUUUUGGUAUGUUUUAUCUUACCUCAAGG